GAUUCGAAGAGAUGAUAUUGUGAGUGGAAAUACUUUGAAAUAUUCCGAACCCGAGCAGAUACAUAGCACAUGGCAAUGAAUUUGUCCAAGUAAGGCCUUCCUGGUGUUGGGGCGUAUCAACAAUCAUACAAAUCUAGACAAUGCCCGCAUCUUUCCCACCGCGUUUCGUCAGUGUUGAUACAGCCAAACGUUCUCAGGGGUAUCAUAACUUGAUCGGUGUGGUCGUCGACUGCCUACCCAAGAGCCGAUCGCAAGGCAGUUCUUACGUUACUACCUUCACUAUCAAAGAUUCAGAUUUGGGUCCGGGGAACCAAGCAUGGAAAGGGCUAAAGAUCAAAUACUUCAACGACGAUGAGCACCGACUACCUGAUGUCAAGGUUAAUGAUGUGAUUCUUUUACGCCGCCUCAGAGUACGACCGUUUCAUGGACCAUUACACGGGGUGGUCGGUAAUACCGACAAUGUCUCAUGGGCAAUCUUCCGCCAACCCGAUGGGCCUGAAUCUCUAGGGAUGCCAGUUUGCAGCCCGGGUUCAAAGGCGCUCACUGUUGAAGAACAGACCUACGCACAUACGCUAUUAGAGGCUGCUAUCUACUCCAGAUCGACCGUUUCGGCCACUCCUUCAUCGAGAAGAAAAGGCCAUGCCGAAUCCUCGUCAACCCCAAGCGAAAGUGUACGGCAGGCCACUGCUAAGCCUAAGAAGAAAGACAGGUUUUCUUUGGUAAAGGACUUGUCAGUGAACACCUUUGCCGAUCUUGCGGUGCAUGUAGUCAAGAUGUGGUAUCAGGAUGAUAGGGUACAUCUUUACGUCACAGACUACACAGUAAAUAAGUCACUUUUCGACUAUGGAGACAAGUCAGACGAAGAUGAAGGUGCAGCUGAUGAUGGUCUUGGGUUUUUGACACGACCGACCCGUGAAAAGAGAGCAUGGCAGGGUCCAAAGGGACGGAUGACGUUGCAGGUGACCCUUUGGGAUCCUCAUUCGUAUUAUGCACGAGAAAAUGUCCAUGAAGACGGCUAUAUCCUCUUGAGGAACGUGCAUGUAAAGGCAGACAAAAUGAACGGCCUUUUGGAAGGUGUCAUGCAUACUGAUCACAAAUAUCCCGAAAAAGUCGACGUCAGAGUCCUUGAGGACAACCAACAAGAUGAUCCCCGUAUCGUCGAACUCAAGACAAGAAAGCGUGAAUACUGGAAACAAAACAGGACGAACAAGAGGGAGCUCGCUGAGGAUUUUGGCGACGGAGAUGAAGGAGGAUCAAAGAAGAAUGCCAAAAAAAGGCGAAAGGAUCAACAACGCCAGAAAAGGCAACAAGAGCAGCGAAAACAACAAAACAAGCCGCCGCAGAGAGAAGAGGGCCAGACUGAGAUUCCGGGAACGGUGAACAAAUCAAAUAGACCAAAUCCGCAUAUCCAAGCGAAAGACCCGGCAAGAGGUUGCCGAAAACUAUCAGAGAUCCUACUCAACGACAGCCAUGAUAUCUCACUUCCCGAUAACAUACAAUAUCGUCUACCCUUUCAAUGUGUCAAAUACCGUACCACUGUUCGUGUAGUCGAUUUCUUCCCUCCCAACAUUGCGGAUUUCGCGGUGCCGUACAUACCCAAAUCCUCUUCCUCAUCCUCUAGUGACGACGAAGAUGACAUAACAUCAGAAACACCGGGGAUCAGAUGGGAAUGGCGCUUUUGCCUUCUCGUGGAAGAUGCUCAGAUCCUUCCUGGUCAGCCACGAGAUCGGGUAAAGUUGUUCGUUAGUGGAAGCGAUGCCGAGUUUUUACUCAAACUUGAUGCUGUAAAUUUACGCAAAAAUAAAGAAACCUUCAUACGACUUCAAGAGAAGCUAUGUAUCCUUUGGGGUGACUUGGAGGAGCGUAAGAGUUCAGGAAUGGAUACACAGCAAAAGGGCCCAUCUCAACUUCCAUUCACAUGCUGCGUAAAGGAGUGGGGUGUCAGAUGCGCGUGUCGAACAAAUGCCAGCAGCCAGGAUGACAGCGAUAGAGAAUGCGCUGUAGUCGGUCCCGAACAUAAUCGAGAAUGCCUGGGUUGGGAAAGGAGAUUCGCUCUAUUUGGCACUACAAUUAAUGAGGAGUGAGGAUGGGAGCAUAUCCUACAUAUGACGAUUGUACAUAAUGAAAUGGAUAAUAAAAUCAGGUGUAUUUUAAAAAGACUAGUCGAUACCCCUUUACUGCUCCGCCCGAAAAAAGAUUCUCCUAAAACACGUACAUACCGAAGAUAACCCGCGUGAUUUAAUACAUGAUUGCAACCUGCACGAAAAGAGAAUAAAAUACAGUACUAGAAAGGAAUAUGCCAGCACUUCCAGAUAGAGAAAAAGCCGAUCCCAAUUCAUUGCGCCCAUAGUCCCGAACGCAGCGAGCCAGUAGACGCCGCAGUGCUGCACUUGAAUCCCAUCAAUAUUGAAAAAAAAAAAAAAUGAAUAAAGAAAACCAGCAGGAGAGAAGGAGAAUAAUGGUUGGUCUUUGGAGUAAUAUAAGGACUAACAAGGGAGCGAGGGGGUCAGAGACACACUCAUGAUCUUUUAGAUCUUGGUGACUUUGACCACGUUCAGAUCAAUUCCAUGUUGUGCAGGCUCGAAGCGACAGCUGCUGCCCCAAUGACACUCUUUCUUUCCAACUUCACUCUGAGGACAACGGUGCCCAUAGAUACACUUCGGGUCAU